UUCAACGUUUAUUCAAGACAUUUCAUCAUUUAUUGGACAACGAACAAACAAUUUAACGAAAAGACUUCAUUUCAGUGCACUUGUUGGCAUUUUUUUUUUUUGUAAACAUUACUUAAAAUUAGUGCGUUUUAAUGGAAAAAUCAAUGGUUGCUGUGAAUUGUUGGAUUUAACUACUCGUGCCAAAGUGUAGAAGCUGAAUUGCUGUCGAUUUUGUUGUUGUUCGAUUCUAUUGUGGGAGUUUAACGGAUCCGGCCGAUUAGUGAGUGGCAAAAGAUCCAAUCGUACCGGUGCGGUAUUUUCAGUCUAUCACCAUGUUAUACUACAAAUGUAAGCAAUGUUACUCAUUUGUGCCCGAAGACAAUAUUCGCUGUCACCAUACGGAAGUGCAUGUUCAUGUGCCAUACGAAUAUUACAUCGAUAAAUACUUUGAUCGUCGUCGAGAAUUGCAUAAAUGUAAAUUUUGUUCAUCGAAAUUGACACUGAAACAAUUGAACAAACAUCUGCAGCGUGCACACAUCAAUAAAAGUCUUCCACGCGAAGUACGUUCAGCGCAUUCAUCAAUGUUUGAACCAAUAAGCAGUGAUUCAGAAGACGAAGACACUCGGAAGACAAAAGAAAUCAAUAAAUCCAUUCAAAACGAAUUGACUAAAAAUGAUAUGGAAUGUGGAAGUAAGUCGACAGAUUCAAGACUUGAAGAAAUGACAAUUGAAGUAAGUAGUGACUCAGAGGAGACAGAAGUGUCCAAAUCAACAAUGGUCGUUGAAAAUGGAGCCGAACAAUUGGCGAACGAUGACAAUGAGCAGCCAACUCAGCAUGAUAAGGUUAAACAAGCCGCUAAAGACGUAGAUAUAUCAAAUACGGAACAUUCAGCAUUGAAAUUGAAUACAGCUGUUCAUAAGUAUGUAGACAAGAACGAAAAACACUUAAAUAAAGAAGUUUUAGCAACAUUGUUUGAAACAAUUAGCAGCAACUCGGAGAUGGAAAAGACAGAAGUAACCAAAACAUCGGUGGAUGUGGCCAUUCAAUGUGAAUUGAUACCAAAUGACACGGAACGUGCAUCUAAAGAGCCAGAUUCAAGCAUUCAAGCACCAACAAUUGACCCGAUCAGUGUUGAAUCUACAAUUGAAACAAUUGGCGUUGACUCAAUUCAGCCAACAAUUGAAACAAUUGGCAUUGAGUGUCUGUCCAAAGAUUCAUCGAUGGAUCCGGACAUUGAAGUUACACCAUUGGCAAUUCACGAAGUUAACCAGUCUCAACAUGGAGCAGUAAAGCCAGUCAUCGAAACCAACGAGAUAGCCAUACAAACAUCAAGCCCGGCAUCGGCCAACUAUUGUGAUCACUGUAAACUGAAAGAAAUGACCAAAACCACAAGAACCAACGAUAGAAUGGAAAGUAAAAGAGCCACUGCACAAAUGUCAAUGGAAUCAAAUGAAAAACGUAUGAAAUUGAGCGUGGAAGUAGACGAUGGGGAACUCCUAUUGGUUUUGAGUUAGAAAUUGAAAAUGCUCUAUGAAAAAAAUGAUCGAAAAAGAUUAUUUUUGUUGGUCAAAAGCAAAAUUUAGUAAGUGAAAAAGCAGUUGAUUUGGUAAAAUUUUAGAUAAGUUUAGUCUUUAUUGAAU